GCGCCUUUUCUCUGCAGAAUCGCCGCUUGCUGACGUUUUCUGGCUGUCAUGUGAUUAGCCGCUGCCCGUACUCAGGGUUCAAUGAGAGCUGUUUGCCCCACCCAUCUCUUCAACGCUUUCUAUCUCAAUGUAGGAUUCACAGAGAAAAGGAAAUAAUCGCUAAAAAUACUGCCUCGAAGGGGAUUCAUCCACGACUAUCGGGGAGGCAACGCGCUCCGUCCAUUGGGAAAUCGCUGUCAUUGUGGUAUCGGAUUUAUCUUGACUUAUCCCAAUGCACAUGUAUUGCCGAUCUACCACCCGAAUUCAAGAAGGAUACAAAGCGUAGCCUGACAGCGGACUCGGGACUGCGAUAGCCGGUAAAACAUCGACGGAUUUUCCCAAAACGGUCGCAUUUGCAUCGGCGGUCGAAAGAACCGUAAGGAUCUCCGCUCUCGUCAAAGCAAAGCUACGGAUGUGAGAAGAAAUUCAAAUUACGGUAACGGUGAAGACGGCAAAGGGCCUCUUUUCAUUUGGACAAGCCGAAAAAAAGGCGACCAUCAGUCACCGUAACCCGAACAGGAGGGAAAAUACGGUCUAUCUUCGGGGGAUUUUUUAAAACCAGCACCGUAUUUUUCUGAGACAGCGUCGUUUCAUAACGGAGUUAAAAGGUUCAUGUCGGCCACGGCGCAGGGCGGAAUGAUCCACAUGCCGUCAUUUUGGUGGAAAUAUUUAUUUUUUUAAUUUGCAGCCACCCUUUCUAUCUCGUUCUGGCCGUGUCGUCGCAUCGGCGAACGGAUUCGACAUCGACGAACCGACAAUAACCGAGUUUUGUGGAGCUAUUCAUGAUUUUUAAAGGAGUGGUGGGCAGAAUCGUUAUUUCGGGAACGCGACCAUGGAUUCGCGACGGGAAAUUUGCUAAAUCGCUCUUGGAUCAGGAAAGCCGUCGCGGGACGCCAGUAACGAAAUCAUUCAUGUAACGUCGAGGCUUGGCUGGAUGCGCGUUCACACACGGAUCGCGUUUGACGAAAUCUCGUAUUUUACAGCAGCGAAAGCUCGACAGGACUCGGCCGUGUGUAGGCCGGCCUAGUGUUUUCACCACCACCACCACCUCGAGCCCUCCCGUACUAAUAGCUUUCAUAUUUCCCUUGUACUGUCCCUUAUAAGAUCCACGAACCCCCCCGUGUUCCGCUAAAUCCAGGAGUGCGGUGUGCACGCGACUAUAAAUGUCCCGGUUUUCCAUCAAAGUGUUUUGAUCGGAGGCCAAAUCGAGGAAUUUGGAUAAUUUAUUCAUACGGUAUAUUCGCCUCCCACCACCACCCCACCCCAAAACUUUUCUUGGGUUUUUGGGAAAAUGGGUUGUUUGGGCAACAGUAAGACUGAGGACCAGCGAAACGAGGAGAAGGCCCAGAGGGAAGCAAACAAAAAGAUAGAGAAACAGCUUCAAAAAGACAAACAGAUCUACAGAGCGACUCAUCGACUACUACUGUUAGGGGCUGGAGAAUCGGGGAAAAGCACCAUAGUCAAACAGAUGCGCAUUUUACAUGUCAAUGGCUUCAACGCUGAAGAGAAAAAACAGAAAAUUCAGGACAUCAAGAAUAAUAUAAAAGAAGCUAUAGAGACUAUUUUGUCAGCGAUGUCCACGUUGGCACCUCCGGUUCAGUUAGCAUGUCCAGCAAAUCAGUUUCGAAGUGAUUACAUCCUCCAUUUAGCCAAUCAGAAGGACUUCGAAUUUACAUCGGAGUUUUAUGAACACACAAAGAUCCUGUGGCAAGAUGAUGGAGUGAGAGCUUGCUUCGAAAGAUCCAAUGAGUACCAGCUGAUCGACUGUGCGCAGUAUUUCCUGGACAGGAUUGACACUGUAAAACAGAGCGACUACACUCCUACUGAUCAGGAUUUGCUCCGAUGCAGAGUUCUGACUUCUGGAAUCUUUGAGACAAGAUUCCAAGUGGACAAAGUCAAUUUUCAUAUGUUUGAUGUUGGUGGACAGAGAGAUGAGCGCAGGAAAUGGAUCCAGUGUUUUAAUGAUGUGACAGCCAUCAUAUUUGUGGUAGCCAGCAGCAGUUAUAACAUGGUGCUCAGAGAGGACAAUAUGACCAACCGACUCCAGGAGGCGCUAAACCUCUUCAAGAACAUCUGGAAUAACAGGUGGCUUCGAACCAUAUCUGUCAUUUUAUUCCUAAAUAAACAAGACUUGCUGGCUGAGAAAGUUCUGGCAGGAAAAUCAAAAAUCGAGGAUUAUUUUCCUGAGUUUGCGCGCUAUACCACACCAGAUGAUGCGACCCCGGAGCCAGGAGAAGAUCCGCGAGUUACGAGAGCAAAAUAUUUCAUUCGAGACGAGUUCCUGAGGAUCAGUACAGCGAGCGGAGAUGGUCGGCACUACUGCUACCCCCACUUCACCUGCGCCGUGGACACGGAAAACAUCCGCCGAGUGUUUAACGACUGCAGAGACAUCAUCCAGCGCAUGCACCUACGGCAGUACGAACUCUUGUGAUCGCAGCAGUGACAACGGGACGCAAACUCACCACCUGAACUUUCUUUAGGCCCCCUGCCCUACAUCAUGCCCCAAUGUUAAACCACAAACCUUCAGACUGACGAGUCCCCACCUCUUACAUCACAGUACACAUUACACACACACAUACACACAUGCUAUAUAUAACACACACACACAUACAUGGCCUUUCUCCAUCCUGAGUGACUGUGGGCGGGGCAAGGGCACGCACUGUGUUACUGAUGAAAGCAAAUGGCUGUGAUAUCUGGCAAAAAGACUUGUUAACACAGCCAAGGACUACCGAUGUUACGAAAAACGAAUAAAGAGAGAGUGGAAAAUAAAUCAUGUGAGAGGGAGGGGGGGAGAAAAGUUUAAAAAACAGAAAAACUGUCCAGGACUGCUGGAACUCAACUCACACUUUAAAGGGUCUGCUCAGGACGAGUAAGCCAUUUCGUACACCUACAGACACAUAAUGCGUCCAGCUAAACUCCUGACCCGCAAUCCUAUGUAUGUUACACGUCGAGCUGUCUUCUUUCUGAUCGUAUGCCUAACACACGUUACUUAUAUUGAUGCGCACGCACAAAGCAUACACACACACACGCUGCCAUCCUCAUCAUCGUUUUUGGUCCUGUUGAACGUUUAGUGCCUGUGCGAGACUCCCUUGAAUUCCCGUUCCUUGGAGGAGAGCAAAAGAUUGAUGGACGAAACACUGAAUGUAGAGUAAAAUUUACAGAUUUUCCACCCAAAAAAAAAAAAAAAAAACAUGAGGAUGGGUUAUUGCCCCAGGUUGGUUUGUAUGUGGAGCGGAGAAUGACUUUGAACACAAGACCCAUCACAUGACUCGCUUCUCGAGAUGCAUCGCAGGAGACGCGAGCGCAUGCAAUGCUAGAUUCAUGCAGAACUAAAUGCAGUGCAAAAAAUCUAAACUAUAUAUAUAGAUAUUUAUAUAUGUGUGUAUAUAAAUAUGUAUAUAUAUAUAUAUAAAUAUAUAUAUAUAAUUAUAUUCCUGUAAUAAUACAAACUUAUUUCUGUUUGUUAGUUUCCCCAGUUGUGUGUUGGUGUGCAAAAUAUGCACCUCCUGUUUUUCCAAGACACCAUUUCCCAGUUGCUCUCUGCUCCUGUUUUCCGUGUCUGAUCUCUCUCUCGUCUACUCCCCGCUGCAAAAAUCUCGUACACUGACGUGGGGAUUUCAUUAGAUCGACAGUUAUUACGCGAGACACAUGUCUAACGGAUGGUCUAGACGCUCUCUUCCCCCCUCUCCUCCCCUUUAGCCUGGCUUUUGUCUUUUGAUUUUUCUGCUGGAUCAUUAUUCUUGUACAGACUGUAAAAUGUAUUAUUUUGUACAACUUUAUUGAAGAAAAAACGUAACUUGUAGAAGCUCCUUGUGCCUUGAUCACGACUGUACGUGUAAAAUGAGCUAAGAUGUAAGUAAGAUAUGUUUCAUUGCGCUGUUCGGCUCUGCCCUGCCUCCGUCAAUUCCCUCCAACUUUAAACCUCCCCUGACUGCCUGUUCGCUCAUCAGACUUUGGGUAGACGUUGUCCCUCUGUGCCGAUCCCGAGAGAAAAACCGUGACACUGGUGUCGGAUCAGGCGCUAAGCGCAACCUUUACCGGCACUGCUCAUCUGCGGAGUUUGGGGAGGGCGGGGGGCUGCUGUCUGUCAGUCACGUUUUUGUCCCCUUUCGUUUUAUUUUCAUUUCUUUAACUGGUUUUUGUUUUAAAAUUCGAAUGUCUGAUGCUGUGUAGUGCAAAGCAAGAAACAUUAUAUACAGUAUAUAUAAAUAUAUAUAUUUAUACCUGUAAAUAUAUUAUUUAUAUAUAUAUGUGUGUUCGAUUUUUACAGGUUUUCUUUGCCGUAUGGUUCAGGAACAAUUAGUUGACAUUUUUAGAGGCAGGGCCUGGGGCGUUUUUUGUUUUUUUAGCUUUAACUCUGUUGAAGGAGAAAAUAAUCCAAAUGCAAAAACAUUGCUCGUCUUUUCGUAAAAACCAAAUUCCUUUGCUAAAAAGAGCGAAAAGGAUGGGAAAUCUGUCAAUGUAUUAAGUGUACAAAUUGUUUUGAUAGCUGCACAGUCAGAUUCGGGUUCAUAUCCCCCCUCCCAUGGCAUUCGUGUUUAUUUCUUUAUUUAAAAAAAAAAAAAACUAUAAAAA